AUGCUGGCCUCAGCUCCUUUGUUCAAGCUUCAAUUUGGGGCAGACUGCAAAGCUUUUGCCCAGCCCCCUUUAGUUUACAUGAACGACUCCACACUAGAAGGACACUAUGCAAUUUACAUCAAGCCAUCAAGAACUGUAGGAACUCCAAAUUUGUAUGAUCGCUGUCUGGGUAUCCCAAUGCACCAUCAAACAUUAAUGCCACACCACACAUUCAAAGUUCUAGCCACAACCGAAUUACCGUUACCGGAUUUUUCCGCUCCAUUCUGCAAAAUUCUUCCAUCGACUACCCAGGCCUACGACCAAUUCCUUCUGUCUUGCCUUUGGGAACACAACAUCUACGAUCGAGGCUAUUAUGGCACCAUCCAAAGCAGUCGUUCUUCCCAACUUGCACUGAUUAUUGCAGCAAAUGGCUCCUCCGAAGCAGUCGGCGUACUUGGUGCAGGAAGCUCCUUCGUUUGCCGGCCUCCCACUACAAUCCCCCAGGGUGCAGAUACCGCUACAGCAACGCGCUCCCCCGUAGCACGGCCUUCUAAAGCCAUUGCGGAGGCCGUAGUGGUUGCGGCCAGAAGUGGACAGAGUGAUCUGGAGUAUCCUCGUUAUGGAUGGUAUGUACAGAGAGGUGAGGUUUGGGUGAGCUUGAUUGACAUCUUUUGGGCAUCAGAGCCUAUUUGUCUUUUUGCUCAGGUUCACUGUCACCCCAUAGCCGUCGUACUCUCGCCCGUUCCCGAUGCUCUGGCCUCGGGAUUAGGCUCGAAGAUCGAAAUGAUCCCAUUGCGAGGAGAUGGCGUUGAGAAGGCGCCGGACCUUAGCAUAGACGAUACUGGCCUGACCCAAGUCCAAAUUUUCACUGCGCAAGUACAUGCUUUCCAAUAUCCUCAAAAUUCUUGGCUUCUAUCAAUAGCAGCAUAUUCUGCGAGUGGUUUGCGCCGACCGCCUUCGUUACAGCAUGGCUCACUGCCACCCGGAAAAGACCGAUGGAAUGUUAAUAUGAAGGCAGGAGCACCACGAACUUUCAAUAUCGAUGCUUCACUUAGACUAAGCUCCGCGGCAAGGCAUUCGGCUUUCACUAACCCUCUAGACUUGCCCGGAUGA